CGCCAUAUUGGCAGUUUGGUGCUGUGCUAGGGUAUAGUGCUAGGUUUGUCACAUACCGUUCUCUGUAAUGUUUAGUGGAAAACACAAGGAACAAUUGUAAUUUCAUUCGAUUGUUAAUUGUAUCGUUAUGUUCAAACCCAGUUUGUUGUCGGAGAGUAAAUUUGAAUAUCCCGGGUUACAGUUUCACAGAACUUCGGGUAUUUACGAUUGUCAUAGCCUUCUAUUGGUAGUGCAGUGAUCACUCCGAUGCAGAUUUUCUCUGAAUAUCCAUGUGCUUUGGCGGGAAUUUAAAUGCGAGUACCAUAAACAGGUUUCACCUUUUGACAUGGCAGCGAUAGCGAAUAUGGGUGAAGUUGAAGACAUGCAAUCUAAGGAAGAAGGAGCUACUGUAAAUGGAGAUACAAGUGAUACUGAAAUGAAUAGUGUAGAAUGUGAUGAUAUAAAUAAGGAUGUUGCUGGAAAUUCAGAUGAAAAAAUGGAAAUUGAGGAAUCAGAAAAUUCAGUGGAUGAAUCUAAAUCCUCCGAUGAAAUUCAAGUUCCUAAUGACACAAAUGAGGGAUCAAACCUAAACAAUGGUGAUUCAAAUGCCGAUUCUAAUAUGGAAGUUAGAGAAGAAUCAAAUAUUACUGACGAAACUACUGAAGAUGAUCAAAUUAGUUCCAAUAUGGAUGAAACCAGUGCAGAUAAGUUAUGUGAUGAUGUAAACAUGGAGAAAAAUUGUGAAAAUUCUAAAGAUGAGGAUGAGAAUGAGGAAGAUGAUGAAGAUGAAGCCAAAGUUGAAGAUAAUGACUCACAAAGUCAAGAUAGUGAAGAUGAAGUGAUAGAAUCAACACAAAAUACUUCAAGUCCCAAGGACAGUGGGGAUGAAGAAGAUAUUCAUGAAAUAGAAGAUGAUGAUGAUGUUAUUCAUGUUGAAUCAAAAGAAGCUGCUAGUGAUAAUGAAGAUGUAGAAGAAACAAUUGAACUGAAUGAUUCUGGAGCUGAAGAGGGUGAAGUUAUGAUAGUUGAUAAUCCUCGACGAUCCCCUAAACAAAACGGAACGUCUAGACAAGAUGAAACUGAAAUAAUAGAGUUGACAACUCCAGAAAAGAAGAUACCAGAAGAUGAGAGUAUUACACCUCGAAGGAGUUCUAGGAAUAUAAAUAGACAAAAGAGCUAUGUUGAAGAAGAGAAAGAGGAAGAAGAAUCGAAACGUGUUUUGGCAGCUGAACAGUCCUCUGAAGAAUCGGAUAUUGAAGAAAUUCUACCGGAGGAUCCUCUUGCUAAUAUUGGAGAUGCUAUUCAAAUUGAGAGAAUACCUUCAAAAAGGAAAAUUUUGCCUAAGACUUCUGAUUCAUCAGCUAUUGUUGUAAAAGAUACUAAAAGAUUAGUUGAAAUAGCAUCCAAAUCAACUCCAACAACAUCUGGGAAAAAGGAACCAACCCUUGUGAUAAUUGAUACAAACUCCAUACUCUCCGGUAAAGGCCCUAUACCAAUCAAUAAAUCUUUGAAUAUACCGUCACAGACAACAGGAUAUUCUUCCGUUUUACCGUUGGCAUUGCCUGCCCAAGGAAUGUACCCUCCUAAUAUGAGAGCCACUAUCACGCCCAUUCCAAUGGUUAAUCAAAACCAAACCGUUAUUAAACCAUCUACGUCCCAGCCCAAUACGCCUGUAUUGCCCACUCUAACCGAUGACAUGUUUGUUGUCGAGGCUCCUUCUUUUAUAGUUCCUUAUGUGUAUGAAAAACCUCCAGUUGAAAAUCUGAAGGAAUUUUUGGUGAAUUACAAGAAGGAAGUCCAGAAGGAACUGGAAAAGGAAAAGACAGACAACAAAAGUGAAAAAGGGGAAGCAGAAGAUGAAAAAGAAGAGCUUGAUGAAACUGAAGAGAAGAAAGUAUCAGAGAAACAAGUAGAGAAGAAGAAUGAUGAUGAUAAACCAUACAAUUAUUUCACAAGUCCAUUAGGCAAGUUUUUCAGUGAAAUUGGGAUUGGCCUUGUGCAAGAAUUUGUUCAAACCGAUCUACUCAAACAGCAAAAGAGGAAAAGGGAUAGAGAACGCUCUAGGAAUCCAGAGACUCUCAAAACUAUUCAAUCUUUGAGUAAGAAUCUGGAGUUUACCAAAGAAAAUAAUGAACCCUACAAACUGGCAUUCAAAAAGUGCGAAUUCUGCUCCUUCAAGACGGAAUCUUUACUUGCUAUGUCUUAUCAUCUGGAAACUCCACAUGUUAAGAACUAUAUCUAUAAAUGCAAUUUCUGUGCCCAUGAAACCAGAAGUCCUCAUGAUAUUCUCUACCAUAUGGAAGCUGAGCACAUGGUGAGAGGACGCCUUGAAAGAGCAUUAUCAUUCCAUCAAUGUCCCAACUGUCCAUUCGAGGAAAACCAGAAGGGUAAACUGUCCAGGCAUUUAAUGGCUUGCUCAAGGAAGUACAAGCCAGAAAGAAACUUAGAACCUCCUUUGGAUUGGGAACCCCCAGCCAAGAUACCGAGAGUUCCGAAGAUGCGUCCUGGUAUGAACGUAUCGGCGUAUCAAGCCCUCUCGAAGAACAGCCCGCAACAGCAGCAACAGUUCCAGUUGCUCAACAAAAUGCAGCUUCAGAACAACAGCCAGAUGAGUAGAGGUCGUGGUAGGGCUUCCAUGCCGCAGCUGAAAGGGGCACAACUUAUUAGACAGGGUAACCUUCCUGGAAUGGUCUAUAAGCCAACCAUGUCCGGAGGGUCUGUAUUGGUGCCUACAUCUUAUCAAUUGAGCGGAAAUCAGGUAUUCACAGUGGUGGGUGGGCAAGACUUGAAUGGACGCCUAGGCCCCAACAGUCACAUGCUCCUUCCUGCCACCUCGAGCCUGGCGCAGCAACAACAGUCGCCGAAAGCGAAAUCAGUAAAUACCCCCAGCAUCUCCAUUACACCACUCCCGAGGACAACUGCACCUUCCCCCCGUGCAUCGACAUCGUCUGGAAGUCAGAAUGCGCCAGCUUCGCAACAGGCUAAACCAGGCGAUACCAACUCGAAGAAUUCCUUUGUUAUCUGUGAAAUAUGCGACGGUUACAUCAAAGACCUCGAGCAACUCAGGAAUCAUAUGCACUGGAUACAUAAGGUCAAGAUACAUCCGAAGAUGAUCUAUAACAGACCACCCCUGAACUGCCAGAAGUGCCAAUUUAGGUUUUUCACCGAUCAGGGCUUGGAAAGGCAUCUUUUAGGGUCUCACGGUCUGGUUACUUCUAGUAUGCAGGAAGCGGCCAACCGAAGCAAAGACGCUGGCAGGUGUCCAGUUUGUGGAAGGGUUUACCAGUGGAAACUUUUGAACCAUGUAGCCCGCGACCAUAAUAUGACGCUGAAACCGGCCCAUCUAUCGUAUAAAUGCACCGUUUGUACAGCCACCUUUGGAAUGUAUAAACAAUUUGAGAAUCAUGUAUAUUCCGCACAUAGCGUUGUUGCUAAACGUGUAAUGGACAAAAAAGGGUCAUCGAGUAGUAAAUCCUCUAGCACUGAACAAGCUUUAAAGCCUCUGAAGAUAAACGACGAGAUAACGAUUAUUCCCCAGCCUGCGAAAGCCGCUUCAGGAAAAGAAGAGACUGGUUCUAACAAAAAUACCUGAAUACCUAGCAGUCUUUAAGAGAAACACUCUAGACGCCUUAUUUGAUAACGGAAACUCAAACCAAGAUAUACGGGAUAAAUUUGUUGUAUCCAAAACUUGAAGAAGUGCAUUAUUGAGCACUGCCAAAUGAACAUUAUAUUGUGACAUACUCAAGAAUUAGUGACAGUGAAUCAGUGACUCAUUUUUAUUUGGAAAAUAUCCAUUAUUUUUAUGGAAAACAUGCUUCUUUAUAGUUAUUGAAGGUACAGUGUUUUGAAAAUGUUUAAUCUGAAAAAAUUACAUUAGUACUAUUUAUUUAUGUGAAAACACAUGAUUUUCAUAAGGUAUAGGUAGAAAAUUACAAAACAAACUUGCACUUGUAAAAACUAAAAUAGAUUAUAUUAUAAA